AUGACAUUAGAAAUCAUUGAAACAUAAAGUAAUAUAAUGUAUGAUUUAUAUUUAGAUUACAAAAAUACUAAAUAAUGGUUAUCAUAUUGGGUUAUUGUUAUGAUUGUUCAUUUGUUAGAUGAUUACUUUUAUUGGAUAUUAUAUUAUUUACCUUAUUAUCAUUUCAUGAAAUUCAUAUUUUUUGUAUUACUUUUUCAUCCGAAAACAUAGUUUGCAGAACAUUUCUAUGAUGCAGUAUAGAUAUAUAAUUACAUAUAAUUAGGUAUUUCAUAAAUGUUAUGUUAAUUAUUAAAAAUACAUAUAUUCAAGUAAAAGAAAUCCCAGUUUCAAUUAUUGA